CUGUCCUUCAAACCACUAGACAACAACAACGUCACAAUUGCCUAUGUCGUUCAACCAAUAGCCUGCACAUCUAGACCAUGUCCUCGAAAUCGCGCUGGGCCAACGACGAUGACCCAGAGACGGAGGCCAUCCUCGCCCAACGCAAACGCGAAAAGGAAGAGAAACGACGCGCCAAAGCCGAGAAACAACGUCAGCUAGAAGAACAGCAGCAACAACAACAACAACAACAGGCCAAACUUCAGGCUCAAUCGCAAGAUCCCAAUUCCACGCAGACCGACGCGCCUCCACCCUCCAAGCGUCGCCGCCUCUCCAACGACCACGACCCAGCCCGACAAUCCCCGCAACCAUCCAAAUCCAACUCCUCCGACCCUCAGACCACCGCCGAAGGGAACAACCUCCUCACACUCCCAACCUCCGAAUGGGGCCCCUGUCGCCAUGUCGACAACUUCGAGCGCCUCAACCACAUCGAAGAAGGCAGUUACGGCUUCGUCAGCCGCGCCAAGGACAUCACGACCGGCGAGAUCGUGGCGCUCAAGAAACUCAAGCUGGAGCCCACCUCCGCGGAGGGAUUCCCGGUGACGGGGCUCCGAGAGAUCCAGACCCUAUUCGAAGCCCGACAUCAGAACAUCAUCGAACUACGGGAAGUAGUGAUGGGGACCAAGAUGGAUGAAGUCUACCUAGUCAUGCCCUUCGUCGAACACGACCUCAAGACCCUCCUCGACGACAUGCGCGAGCCCUUCCUCCCGUCCGAAACCAAAACCCUGCUCCUCCAGAUCAUCUCGGGGCUCGACUUCCUCCACGCGCAGUGGAUCAUGCACCGCGACCUCAAGACCUCGAACCUGCUGAUGAACAACCGCGGCGAGAUCAAGAUCGCCGACUUCGGCAUGGCGCGCUCCUACGGCGACCCGCCGCCGCCCAAGCUGACCCAGCUGGUCGUCACCCUCUGGUACCGCGCCCCGGAGCUGCUGCUGGGCGCCGACCGGUACGGCCCGGAGAUCGACCUGUGGAGCAUCGGGUGUAUCUUCGGGGAGCUGCUGGGCAAGGAGCCCCUGCUGCAGGGCAAGAAUGAGGUCGAUCAGGUGUCCGAGAUCUUCGCCUUAACCGGGCCCCCAACCACCCAAAUGUGGCCUGAAUUCCGAUCCCUUCCUAAUGCCAAAUCUCUUCGACUCCCGUCGUCGUCCUCAUCCUCAGCUGCCCCGGGCGGUAGUGGUGCCGCUAAUCCGCCGCUCUUACCGCGCGGCAAGUUCCCCUACCUGACCAACGAAGGCCUACGGCUGCUUUCGUCGCUCCUGGCGCUGAACCCCAAUGCCCGCCCGUCGGCCAAGCAGUGUCUGGCCCAUCCGUACUUCCGGGAAGACCCCCGGCCCAAACCCAAGGAGAUGUUCCCUACCUUCCCAUCCAAGGCGGGCCAGGAGAAACGGAGACGACGGGAGACCCCCGAGGCGCCGAAGCGCGGCCAAGAAGCCCCAAAGUUGGAUUUCGCGAGCGUGUUUGGGGGUGCGCAGGCGGGUGGUGAUGGUCCGGAGGCCGGGGCUGGGUUUACCUUGCGCCUGGGGUAGUGCUCCCUUGGCUGUGAAGCGUGUACUUUUACGAUUGGACUAUAUAUAGAGCUACGCAUCGUGGGUGUGACAGACUUGGUAGUCCGUUUACGAUUUUCAACACCAUCAUCUGGAAGGCUUCCAGGUCGCGACCUGGAGACAUAAUCGUUGGUUCUAAGGCAUAAGAGCUGUGGAACAAGUUUAAGGGAGCGAAGAGGAAGGCUGUAUUGAGAAACCCGC